AUGAACGACUCUAAGAUUGUCCGCGCAGUGACGGACAAGAAACCUGUUCCUGAGAUUGAUUUCACUCUACAUACAAUGGAAGAUGGUACUCAGGUAUCUACUUUAGAAAGAGUCUGCAAAGAGGUGCAGGCUCCCGCCUUCCAAACCCCAACAAAUGAACAGUUUUGGUCACUAGAUGACCCAUCGAAACCAAAUUUGCAAUUUCUUAAACAGCAUUUUUAUCGCGAAGGACGACUGACGGAAGACCAAGCCCUAUGGAUCAUUCAAGCCGGAACCGAGUUGCUGCGUGCCGAGCCAAACUUACUAGAAAUGGACGCUCCCAUCACUGUAUGUGGUGAUGUCCACGGACAAUACUACGAUUUGAUGAAAUUAUUUGAAGUGGGGGGUGACCCAGCAGAGACUAGAUAUCUAUUUCUUGGUGACUACGUUGACAGGGGCUAUUUCAGCAUUGAGUGUGUGUUAUACCUAUGGUCUCUGAAGAUAUGGUAUCCGAAUUCCUUAUGGCUAUUGCGCGGAAACCAUGAGUGUCGCCACCUCACAGAUUAUUUCACAUUCAAGUUGGAAUGCAAACACAAAUAUUCAGAGAGGGUGUAUGAUGCUUGUAUGGAGUCUUUCUGCUCUCUGCCAUUAGCCGCAAUUAUGAACAAGCAGUUUCUUUGCAUCCACGGUGGCCUGAGCCCCGAAUUGCACACUUUGGAAGAUAUCAAAUCUAUUGAUCGCUUUAGGGAACCCCCCACUCAUGGGUUAAUGUGUGACAUUCUCUGGGCCGACCCUCUCGAAGAAUUUGGCUCAGAAAAGACCGGAGAAUAUUUCAUACACAAUAACGUGCGAGGGUGUUCUUAUUUCUUCUCGUAUCCCGCAGCCUGCGCAUUUUUAGAGAAAAACAACCUCCUUUCCAUCAUUCGAGCACACGAAGCCCAGGAUGCUGGUUAUAGAAUGUACAGAAAAACUCGAACGACCGGUUUCCCUAGCGUUAUGACAAUCUUUAGUGCUCCUAACUAUCUGGACGUUUAUAGCAAUAAAGCUGCGGUUCUGAAAUACGAAAAUAACGUGAUGAAUAUCCGACAAUUUAAUUGCACACCUCAUCCAUAUUGGCUCCCGAAUUUUAUGGAUGUGUUCACCUGGUCUCUUCCGUUUGUUGGUGAAAAGAUUACCGAUAUGCUGAUUGCGAUCUUGAAUACUUGCUCGAAAGAAGAACUGGAGGAUGAACCUUCAUCCUUUUCUGCGCCCGCCUCUCCGCCUCUCCCAAUGGAUACAGAAACUGCCGAGUUCAAACGGCGCGCCAUCAAAAACAAAAUUCUUGCCAUUGGUCGCCUGUCUCGCGUAUUCCAAGUUUUGCGUGAGGAAUCCGAACGUGUGACUGAGUUGAAGACUGCAUCCGGAGGCCGUCUGCCCGCAGGAACGCUAAUGCUGGGUGCCGAGGGAAUCAAACAAGCGAUCCAUAAUUUCGAGGAUGCUCGCAAAGUCGACCUGCAGAAUGAGCGCCUGCCACCUUCCCAAGAAGAAGUGGUGAAGAAAGCGGAAGAAGAUCGGCGACAAGCACUAGAACGUGCCGCCCAAGAAGCGGAAAACGAUACUACGCUUGCUACUGUAGCUCGGAGAAUCAGCAUGUCCUCUGGUUCUGGUAGGCCCCGCAGAAAAGAAACAUAG